GAAACCAACCGUUAUAGAGGCCUUUAAACGGCCGCGUUUCCGUAUUGUAAGUCUCACGUGCUUUGUCAUACUACUGCGCCCCCGAAGCAUUCAUUAGUCACUUCCUGGGCCUGAUGUUUGACUCACGCUCAAGUUCAGUGACCUCUAUUUCUGCUCCAAUAGACCAACAUGGCCUCGAAAGAUGGACUUUCAGAUGCCUAGAACCUAUUAUGCAUUGCACGUAGUUGCUGGAACCAAGCCCUCAGGCCACCCAGCCACCUUGGUGCCUUGGUGUCUAUCCCUUUCACCUUCGAAGCAUUAGCUUAUAGUGGAAGUCACGAAUAUGUAAUCAGGUGAAUAGUCCUGUGCUUCUAUUACCAUGAGACGGUCCAAAGAUCGUUGUAUACGGUUGUUUAGCUUAAAAAGGAACUAUACCAUAAUGGCUUGCGAAGUUACAUCACUCAUAGUAGCUACAGAUCAAACAAAGACGGGUGUAUACUCUAGGUGUACUCUACCUGCCUUUCAAGAUGUGAAAGGGGGAAGUGGAAGCAUAUAAAGAAAGUUCGAGCAAGCGGUUACUGUCACGGUAUCAAGAUAUAGGGC